AUGGGGUCCACAGACGUGUCAGACUCGCGGAUCGGCAUGGACAACCCGGAACUGUACAAGCAGGUGUCGCAGCCGCAGGCGCAGGACUUUCGGUGGGUGUUUGAGAAUUUCGGCAAUCAUUUGCACUUCCGGCCUUACGACCGAGUCCUGGACAUCGGAUGUGGGCCUGGAGAUCUCACCAAAGACGUCAUUUUUCCUCGCAUGGCUCCAUUUUCCGAAUUGAUUGGGAUCGAUCUAUCGGGAAAGAUGAUCGAUUUUGCGGAACGAAAUAGCAAACUUCCAGGGAUCGGUUUUAUUCAGCAAGAUGCCAACAAAAUCGGGGAGCUACAGCGAUAUUACCCAUCCGGAGAAACGUUGAAAGACUUGGGAAAAAUGGUGAGAAAGGAUGGAACGUUGUUUCUGCUGUUCGUCGAAAGUUGCACAAUCUUCGACAUUUACUUGGAAUUUUCGCGAUCUGACAAGUACGGAAAACACAUGAAGGCUUCGGAGAUUCGCAUAACCUCGUAG